AUGAGAAUAGAAAAGUGUUGGUAUUGUUCAGGCAAUAUAUAUCCAGGGCAUGGUAUAUUUUUCAUACGAAAUGAUUGUAAUGUUUUUAAAUUUUGUAGAAGUAAAUGUCACAAACAUUUUAAAGCUAAACACAAUCCUCGUAAAGUAAAGUGGACUAAGAUAUACAGAAAAGAAAGGAAUAAAGAAUUAAGUUAUGAUAAAACGUUUGAUUUUGAAAAGAUUAGAAAUGAACCUAUUAAGUAUGAUAGAGAUAUAUAUAUAAAAACUAUUAACGCAAUAAAAAAAAUUGAUACAAUUAAAGAGAAAAGGAAAAUGAGAUUUUAUAAAAAUCGUAUUAUAGAAGCGUCUGAUAAAAAUAUGAACUUAUCAUUAAAUUAUAUUAAGAAGAAUCCAUUACUUCUGAAAAAUACAGAGUAUGAAAAUGUUAUACAAGAAUUAACUUUAAAUAAACAAGAACGAGAUGAUACAUUAAUAAUUAAAAAUACGUUUGAAGAUGAUCAUAUUAUAUUUACUAAAAAUAAUCAAGAUAUCAAAUAUAAAGCAGAUAUAACUACCAUCUCAGAUAAGGAG